UAAGUUGUCAAAAAACACCACAAAUAAUGUCAAUAUUUACACUUGUUUAGGCAUGUCAACGACAAAAAGGAAAUCAUUGACUACCACAACAGAGUCUUAUUUGUAUCGUAGAACAAGUGAAAGACGCUAUCGUAAUCAAAGGCCAUCAUUGACAUCUCAGCCUUCAUCUGACACGUGGAUGCCUACGAGGACAAUAACACCUGAAGACGAAGAUGAAGAAAUGCCAUUAAAAGGGGAAUCACAGCAUACAUUUUCAUGGCAAUAUUUAUCAAUGAAACAGAACCCACGUAUCAAAAGAAAUGCAAUGCAUGCAUAUAUUACAUAUAUGAUAUAUACAGAUAUGGCCAAUGAACAGCGUACAAAGCAAAAUCAUAACAGUAACAGUACUAACAGCAGCAACAGCAGCAGUAAUAACAGUAGCCAUCAUAAUCAUAAGAAUGUAUAUAGCAAGGAUGUGACCAACAACAACAACAGUAACAACUGGUACAUGCAAUCCUAUCGUCUACCACCUUCACCAAGACAACGGCAUGAUGCUGUCUUACCACCUCCGACCGACACACCUAAUAACAGUAUUAUCGGUCGUCCAUUAACAGAUUUCUUAUUUGACAAUCAUCGUCCGUCGUCAUCGUCUAUUUUGCCACCCCCAAAUAACGCCAGAGCGUUUUAGUAAAUAUUGUCCAUAAAAUAAAAAUGUCGUGAGGUGUAUAACUCGACCCAAACCUUUCUUAUUUUAUCUGUGGCACUAUUUCUUAAGGUAGUAGGACAGAGAACCUUAUGCAUGUCUUUCUCUUUUUCUUUCUCUAUGACCUUUCUAUUAAACAAGAAUAUUUAUAAAAGGGAAAGAUAAUCAAAUAAAUAUGCUGAUUAUCAUGACACACAGACAUAUGGAAAGGGUUCUCUAGCGCUAAUAAUCGCCCAUUCAAAAGGAAGCACACAACAACAACAUUAUGCAACAUGCACUGACACACAAAACUUUCGGAGAGAAAAAAAAAAGAAACCCUGCUGAAAGAUCACUAGCACACAAUUACCCAUUUAUAGUAUUGACUCUUACCGCG